AUGAGACAGUUCCAGUCGUUCAGCACCACAGCUCAGUCGACUUUACCUAAAGCUCACAAGGAACAAAACACCAGUGAGAUCUAUGCUGAGCCUGAAAACUUCCUAGAAAUUGAGGUUACCGAUCCGAAAACACACUUUCCACAGACUGAUAACAGAGGGAUGUACACCGAUUAUGCAAUUAUCUGCCGCACGAACUUACCUUCUUUCAACAAGAGGUCAAGCGUGGUAAGAAGACGCUAUUCGGAAUUUGAGCUGUUCCGUAAAUGUCUUAUCAAGGAAUUGUCGAUAUCUAACCAUCCCAAAAUUGUGAUUCCGCAUCUUCCUGGAAAGAUCCUUUUAAGCAACAGAUUCAACGAUGAAUCUAUUGAGGAAAGAAGACAAGGUUUAAAUAAGUGGAUGAAUGCUGUGGCUGGCCACCCAUUACUACAGAGCGGGUCCAAUGUCUUAGUCCGGUUCAUCGAAAAUGACGAGUUUACUGGAUAA